AAAGCACGAAAAUAUUUAUAUGACAUGAACAAACUUGCUUGAUGACAACUUUGCUCAGUCAAAUACUUAUUAUCUAUCAAUUACGUAUUUACAGAAGUCUUGAUUUGAACUACAUUUAUGCGUUUAUUUGCUAAACCUAGUCUUCCCCAAUGUUGUUUUCUUCUUAUUUCAGACAUCCUAAUGUAAUUAUAUUGACAACAUCGAACAUAACUAGAGCCAUAGACGUUGCGUUCGUGGACAGAGCCGACAUCAAACAGUAUAUUGGUCCGCCAUCAGCCAAAGCUAUUUACAAAAUUUACCAUUUGUUUCUUUGUCGACAACGAUGUAACACACUGUAGUCUUGAAUUAAAGAAGAUAGCCGAAAAAAGUUAUCAACUAAGUGGUCGAACUCUUCGUAAACUACCAUUCCUUGCACAUGCGCUGUAUUCGAAAGCGCAAACGAUAACCUUAGAAGAGUUUUUGAAUAAUCUUUCAAUGGUUGUCGACAAGCAGUUCAAAGAAAAAGAGAAUCUUUGCUCAGUUGGUGAAGAAAAAAGCGUGCAAACGUGAUCUUUUUAGCGAUUGUAUACUUUUUAUACAUUCAUAGUAAUAUUUUGGAUAUGUUUUGUUGAAGAUUAAGAUUUUUGUAUUGCUCAAUUUAAGUUCAAUAAGUAACAUAGAUCACAAAGUUUGCUAAUUUAUAUUGAUGCUUUAAGACUCCUUACAUGACGUUUCCGCAACACACCCGAGGUCAAAGUUCGUAUAUAUUAAAAUGCAACAAUGUGUAUAGUUCGUUAUUGAGGAUAAUGUAUAGAUUAUUUUACAUAGGGAAAGAUAUUUAUACGCUAUAGUUAAUUGUAACUGUUUAAUUUCAACUUAUGUUUACAUUAAAUGACAUCCUUAAGCCAACUUUACUAAUAUUGAUCGCUAUUUUCGUGUUAUACAUCUAUAAUCAUCUUGUUGUUAAAGAUUUGAAGCUUUGCUGCGAUAAUACAGCAGAGAAUUAUUCUCAUUAUGAUUUGGUCGUUGGAAUACUUUCAUCGCGCGGCAACUUUGAUUUGAGGCAAAGUUUACGUGAAUCAUGGCUUGGCUAUGCAAGACGACAUUCAUCUCUAAAUAAAAGAGUGUUGGUGAAGUUCAUCGUUUCAAAUAAUGCAUGUUACGUUCCUCCAGAGUUCAGGAUUGAUCCUUACAAAUGCGAAAGAAAGAAAAUCGAAUCUCCAAACUACGAAAAUGAAGUAAUUGCUUACAAACGACCAAAUGAAGAAAAUUUGAGAUAUUUUCACAGUGGAUCUAUCGGAUGGGACUUUGAUAUCAUCCGUCCCAUUAUUUUGACUCGUCUUGGCAUCUCUUUAUCAUCGUUGAAUUCAAAAAGAAACUCUUCUGUUCGACUCUACGACAGAACAACUAAGAGCGAAAUUAUAUCUGUUUAUUUCUCUUUCCAAGACCCUGGUACAACAGAAAACGGUUCGUCGUUUAAAGCAAUUGAAAACUUUAUUUUGCCAAAGGACUUCAAGGGCAGCGUCGUGUCUGAAAACGUAAAAUGUUCAAGUUCUCGAUGCAGAAAAUGCGAGUAUUUUGCCAACAUUGAAAACGGAGAGGAUUAUUUCAAUGUACACAAGAUAAGACGGAUUAACAACGAGUUCGCCGUCUUUCCCGAAGUCGAGGAAUCAAUUCCUGAUGCUAGAUGCGUGGAUGGGGCUGGAACGUUCAUGUAUCGACUUUACAGGUGGUUUCUUGCAAUGAAGUGCAAAGUACACAUGCAUGUACGUAAUAAAUUGGAUGGCUGUCUCUAUGCGAUCAAAAGAAGUCAUAUGAAUCCGAAAAGUUAACUGUUUAACCGUAAAAUCACUCGAAAUGUAAAGUUACUUUCUAGAUUGAACCGUGAAAAUAAGGUAAAAAGAAAGUUAUUAUUCACAAUGAAUUUAUGACAUAAGGGUAUAAUUUAAACGAUACAAAUGGCUUGGCUUAUUAAAUGCUAACUUUGUAAAAUCUAUUAUAAGAAUUAGAUAAUCCAUUUUUUCCAUGAAGCUCAUGGAUACUUUUGUU